CCUAAACCCCGAUUUUAAUGCUAAUUCCCUGAACAAUGAAGGCCACACAAAGAGCUCUGACGGGGGAGGUUGGGUGUAGAUAAUUCCGCCCCAAUCUGCCGAUUGGCGAUCGAAGUGCUCACAGUAUUGAUGUCUACGUCGUCACACCAAAUAGGGGAAAUAUGCCCAUUUUAAUCACUCUAAGCCGUUCGACCAAUUCUCAUCACUUAUGCAGUUUUCCGCUAUUAAAUCAACAUUUGCAGAUGUAUCAACAAUGGAGAGUUGCUUACUCACUUUUAUUUGAGCUAUUUAUUACUUUGGAAAAGCCAAAAACACUUUAUAAAAGCUGUAAUUCAUGUUCAAAGUGCUGAUAGGCCGAUAAUAGAAAUAGGCUGAGAAAGGGUAUAGUUCCCCUACUUAUCUCAAUCCUCGAAAGCUCUCACGAACGUGUUUGCGGCGGCGCGCGCCAACUGCUCCUCGACGCGUCGCGACGCCAAUUAGUAAAAAAAAAAUUAAGACCAGCAGUAGUGGGGUAGUCGAUGUGCUUAACACAAAGUUGUGUAGAAAAUUCCUGUGACCAUAAGCAAGAGUGCGUGUCCAAGUGUGAUACUAAUGCUAAAAGUCGUUGAUGUUUGAGUUUUUAAGUGAAUUGCAGUUGCAGUCGUCGUCAGUGUGUAUGCUGAAAAAGGAAAAAUCAAGAAUCGUCGCUGGUGUGAACGACAAUUACGAGUACCCACACUAAAACGUACGUGCCAUCGGCAGUUGCCGCGAGGUGAACAUGAGUAUUAGUAACGGAAGUGGGGGAGGAGGCAGCGGAAGUGGAUCCUGCAAGAACUACAAAAAGAAUUCGGUUACGUUCAGUGAAACGCUGGACACCGAUUUCAACCUGUCGUCGAAUCCCAGCGGCGGCCGAACCGAUGAUGAAUCUGGUCUUCUUCUGACUGCCAAAAGCUCCCCAUCGCCGAUUCCAAUGCCGAUCAAGUACAACCACCACGGCUCGGCCACCAUCCUGGACCAGAUUCCAGAAAAUGAGCAACCUACCGCGGGUAAGCCGCCCCAUUCCAACGGCAACCACUCGAACGGACGGCGCCGAUCUUCGGUGGCCAUGCAGGAAAUGCUAUCGACCCAUCGACCCUCCACGAUCAUGUCCGCCCUGCGGCGAGGUUCGCUAGCCUGGCUACCCGGACGGGGCAAGAGCGGAUCCUCGUCCCAUCAGGGAGGCCACGACGAUUCCAACAUGGGCAGCAAGGGCUCGCUCAGCCAGGUGCCCCACGGAUCCGGUGGUGCCCACUGCGAGCUGGCCCUCGAGUCCCGCCGCAAGAAUCGACGAAUCGGAGAUGACGCGCUGAGUACGGCCCUGUCGGCGCUGUACGCCAAGGUCAUCGUGAUCCUCGGCAUUGCGCUGCCCGUGACGGAGAUCCUGUCGUCGCAGAUCCCAGCCAACGUGUACCAGGGCUUCUACCUCUACCUGUACAGUGUGAGCAUCACGUUCGUGAUCUUUGUGUACGCGUCGAAUAUGCGACGCAGGGCGGUGAUGACGCUGAUCAAGAGUUAUCAGGAGAAAACCAACACCUUCCCGGUCAAGAAGCGCGUCCCCCACUUCGGCUCGUUCUAUCUGCGCGUCGGAGCGAUCGCGUUCGGCAUCGGCACGAUGGUCUACUCGGGCUUGGAGCUGGGUCAGUACUUUGAGCUGCACGCUUCACCCGGCUGUCACAGCAUCUUCGUGGCGCUGACUCCGGCCGCCCGAAUGAUCCUCUCGAUCGUGCAGAUGCAGUUCAUCUUCCUGAACACUUCCGAGCUGGAUAUGGCCCGCCACAAGGUGUUUGCGCGGUUCGGGUUGAUGCACAUGAUCGCGACCAACCUGUGCGAGUGGCUUUACAUCCUGGUGGAGGAAACCAAGCACGAGAUUCACCAUCUGGCCCACAUGGCCGAACAUCCGAGGGUUGUUUCAGCAAUGGUCAACAUCACCCACCAGAUCUUGUCAACCACGACUACAACGACUACCACAGCUCUUCCCACUCAUUCCAGUGAGGAAAGUAGCGAAGAAGACUUCGGUGGAGCCUUCCUGCUAGCCAACGGAACAGCCCGCCACUCCAAGCGAUCCCCCGUUGAUUCCACCGACCUUUCGGAGUACAUCGACUGCCAGCGGACCAACAUCAUGGGCUCGCUGGUACAGAACGCCUCGCCCUUCCUCUUCCCCUGCACGAUCGAGUACUCGCUCAUCUGCGCCGUCAUUCUGUACGAGAUGUGGAAGAAGGUCAAAACGAUCGCGGAGAUUGAUCGUACCCGGCGAACCUCCCACCGGCUGCACAGUGUGGUCACCAACGGACAUCAGGGCAGUCAUCAUCAUCCCACCGGCAAGAGUGCGCACCACUUCUCGGUAGACUGUUCUCGUGCGCAUCGCGGAAUGUUCGGCGGCAUAAUCAUCACCGUGCUCACGAUCAUCUGCUUGAUCAUGUACUUUGUGCUGCACGACGAACCCGGCUACGAGUACUUUGCGCUGCAGGAGGUCACCAUCGCCGAAACGCUGCUCUACACCGUGACCGCGGCAGCUGUCGUAGCCGCCAUGAUCAAGAUGCGCGACCUCAAGUACUGCAAGAAGCAUAACGAUGCCCACGCCAGCUCCGUCAGUCUGGACUGCACGCUGCUGGUGCUGGCCCAAACCGGAGUGUACGUGUACGGAAUGUUCAGCAUCGUCGGCAGCUACUUCUCGAUCCAGAACAACGUCCCGGGUGCCCAAGAGGGCAUGAUCGCGGAACUGUUCAGCCUCGUGCAAACCUCCAUCCAAACGCUCUUUAUCCUGAACGCCGUGUGGCGCAAGUGCCGAGGCGCGCAACAGCACCGGACCAAACCAGGUCGUGAAAUCGUCACCUUCCUGCUCGUGGCCAACAUGGCCAUGUGGUUCAUCAACACGCUGAUCAAGGGCCGGGCGAGCUUCCGGCCGUCGCAUCUGGACUUUUUCGGCACCUGGGCGUGGACCGUCAUCACGCACGUCUCGAUGCCGCUGGCCAUUUUCUACCGGUUCCACUCGACGAUCUGUCUGUUUGAAGUGUGGAAGGCGACGUACAAGGUCAAGGGAGGGGACCAUCACUAGGGUUCCGGCUAACUCUUAGAAUUAACUUAUUUGGAGUAAACCAGUGUGGUUGUGCGUUUGUAAAUAGUAGCGUAAGCAUUGUGGAAUAAGAUUUGAGCCUUUUUAGCA